AUGUCCAGUCACCAGCAUGAGAAAAUUAAUCUUGCUAGUGAGGAUCCGACAGUAAUAGCAACACCUGAUCAAUCAACUGUACUGGUUGAAAAACUAGCAGCAGCAGAAGCAGGAAAAGCUCAGAAAGAUGUUAAGAUUGAUCUUCGCGAUAAUCUCACACCUCAUAAUGACCCCAACAAUCAUUUCGCCUUCACGCCUGACCAACUUUCAGCAUUGAUAGACCCCAAGAAUCUGCCACUAUUACGCUCUUAUGGAGGUCUUGCAGGUGUUGCACGUGGGUUGCAUGUUGAUCUUCAGCAAGGCUUAACGCCUAAUGCUCCAAAUCAUCCGCGUAUCACCUUAAACCAGAUAUUAAAUGAAAAGGAUGAGUCUGCUUCAGUGGAAGAGGUUGAGUUUAAGAGAACCUCGACGGUUCACUCAUUGGGUAGGCAAUUGACCCACAGAACUGACGUUACAGCCACACCAGACAUCAAUGCCUUCCCUCAAAGAAAAUCUGUAUUCGGGACCAACAUACUUCCAGAAACGGAAUCGAAGAACUUAUUACAACUCAUGUGGAUUGCUUUCCAGGACAAAACUUUGAUCCUGUUAGCAAUUGCAGCAGUUGUUUCUUUAGGUGUAGGACUAUAUGAAGAUAUUGCAGUACCAGAAUAUGAUACCUUCGGAAAUCGAAUACCCGGUGUCAAAUGGGUUGAAGGUGUCGCUAUUAUCGUAGCCAUUUUGAUCGUGGUACUUGUAGGCAGCGCUAACGAUUACCAAAAGGAGAAGCAAUUUCGUAAAUUGAAUGCAAAAAAAGAAGAUCGUGCCGUCAAGGCGACACGUGAAUCUACUGUUAUCAUGAUUUCCGUUCACGAUAUACAAGUAGGUGAUAUCCUUCAUUUAGAACCGGGUGAUAUAGUUCCUGUUGAUGGUAUCUUCAUUGAAGGCCACAAUUUGAAGUGUGAUGAAUCUGCUGCCACUGGUGAAUCUGAUGCUGUUCGUAAACAAAAUUGGCAGCUGUGUGAGAGGCUGGCUCAACAGCAACCUGAUAAUUAUAUUGAACCCCGUUCUCUGACUGAUUCACCUUCAUCUACUCCAGACCCUUUCAUCAUUUCUGGUUCUAAAGUUUUGGAAGGGGUCUGCACUUAUUUAGUCACAGCUGUUGGUGAAAACUCUUACUUUGGACGUACAAUGAUGGCUUUACGUACUGAACCCGAAAGCACUCCUUUACAAGAAAAGUUAAAUGCUUUAGCUGAGCUAAUCGCUAAAUUAGGUUCAGCCGCUGGUUUAUUGAUGUUGAUUGUCCUAUUGAUUCGCUAUUUUGUCAGCUGGAAAGAUGGCAUCCCUGAUCAACCCACAACUAUUGUCUUGGACAUAAUGAAGAUAUUGAUUGUUGUUGUUACUAUCGUUGUUGUUGCUGUGCCUGAAGGUUUACCGUUGGCUGUUACUCUAGCACUUGCAUACGCAACUCAACGCAUGCUUAAAGAUAACAAUUUGGUUCGUGUCUUAGCUGCAUGCGAAACGAUGGGCAAUGCUACUACCGUAUGUUCUGAUAAGACCGGUACUUUGACUCAGAAUAAAAUGUCUGUCGUUGCUGGUACUUUUGGUUCAUCCUUCCGUUUCAUAAAGAAUCCACCAGCUUCCCGCUCUGACCUGAUUGACAUCAAGAACAUCCCAGACAAAGCCUCUAAAGGAGCUCUUAACAUUAUCAACCAAUCCAUUGCUGUCAAUUCUUCUGCUUUCGAGGGUGAAAAUGAAAAUGGUGAACCCUGCUUUAUCGGUAACAAAACUGAAACCGCUUUACUGCAAUUUUCUCGCGACAUCAAAGCUGAACAUUACAACACGCUUCGUACCCGAUGGACUAUUGAACAAGUUUUCCCCUUCAGUUCUGAACGUAAAGCAAUGGCUACUGUUAUGCAGAUACCGCAUCCUACGAACCCUGACCAGGUGAUAUACCGAGUGCAUGUAAAAGGUGCAUCUGAAAUCAUUUUGGGACUCUGCUCUCGCGUACUCACUCUUCAGAAGGGGGGUCAAUCUCGUGAACUCAAUGCUGAUGACUACAGUCGAAUUGAGCGCAUAAUACAAAGCUAUGCUACAAGAAGUCUCAGGACAAUCGGUAUUGCUUACCGUGACUUUGAACAAUGGCCUCCCAAAGGCCCCCGUGAAAACAUGGACGAUGAGGUUCCCUACGAAGACAUUGUCCAAAAUAAAGAUCUCACUUUCCUUGGUGUUGUCGGUAUCGAAGAUCCUCUUCGUGAAGGAGUACCCGAAGCUGUUCAAGCUUGUCAACGUGCUGGUGUAUUUGUUCGUAUGGUGACAGGUGACAAUUUGGUCACUGCCAAAUCGAUUGCGAAACAAUGUGGUAUUUACACUCCUGGUGGCAUUGUCAUGGAAGGUCCUACUUUCCGUAAACUCCCUACUUCUGAGAUGGAUGCAAUUUUGCCACGCCUACAGGUUUUAGCCCGUUCUAGCCCUGAAGAUAAACGUAUUUUGGUCAGCAGACUCCGAGAAUUAGGUGAUAUUGUUGCAGUUACAGGUGAUGGCACAAACGAUGGUCCAGCUCUAAAAAUGGCAGAUGUCGGCUUUUCUAUGGGCAUUGCUGGUACUGAGGUUGCCAAAGAAGCUUCCAGUAUUAUAUUGAUGGACGAUAACUUUUCCAGUAUUGUGAAAGCCAUUAUGUGGGGUCGCUGCGUCAACGAUGCAGUAAAGAAAUUCUUGGAAUUCCAAAUUACGGUUAAUAUCGUCGCCGUCAUCCUAACUUUCAUUUCUGCAGUUGCAAGCAGCGAACAAAAAUCUGUAUUAACAGCUGUACAACUUUUGUGGGUUAACCUAAUUAUGGAUACUUUUGCUGCUCUUGCCUUAGCCACGGAUCCUCCUACAGAAGAAUUAUUGAACCGACAACCCGAAUCCCGUACUGCCCCUCUUAUCACAUUCAAAAUGUGGAAGAUGAUCAUCGGUCAAGCUAUCUUCCAAUUGGUGGUCACUCUCAUUCUACUUUACAGCAAAGUGCUCAACUACCCUACUGAAAGCGCUACAUUACAAACAAUUGUCUUUAAUACUUUUGUAUUCUGUCAAAUCUUCAAUGAAAUCAAUUGUCGAAAAAUUGAUAACAACCUCAACAUCUUCUCUAACAUCCUCGCCAACAAGUUCUUCCUUGUCAUUUUCUUUAUUUGCGUUGUUGGACAAGUUGUUAUUGUUCAAUUCGCUGGGCCAGCCUUCCAAGUUGUGCCUCUCAAUGGUGUACAAUGGAGCAUCGCCAUUGUUAUUGGCUUAUUAUCCCUACCUAUUGGUGUGAUUAUUCGACUUAUUCCUGAUAGUGCAUUUGGUUUCUUAUUCUUCAAUCCUGCCACUCGUGACAAGUAUUUGGGAGGAAGUCAAAAUGCUGUGCCUUCUGUCUACGUUGCUGGAAACGAAAGAUUACCGUACAAUUCAAGAUCAAACACCAUGCGGUCUCGAACAUCAAAGCAUAAUGAUAAUCAUUCUUUUACAUCAGGAUCCGUUCAUAGUUUUGAUUAA